AUUUGUGAUAGCAGAAGCUAACAAUGUAUUUGAAGUUUGCACCUUUGAAGACCAACAAGACAGGGAUCUCUGGGACCUUGUUCAUAACCAACUUUAAGGUUUCUUUUGUUACUUCUCUGCCAGUUGACAGUAAGGAGUCUGAGUUGCAUGACAGGAGCCUUCAGAACCAUUUCCUUGGAGUACAUGAUGUUUGUCUCUCAGAAGUUGACUCUGUCAAUCAGUUUUUUGAAGGAUCCACAAAAAAGAAGCGCCUUUAUCACAAUGCUCCCCUGCCUUCAAGACUCUCAGGGUUACAACUAGUGCUUAAGAACCUGCGUAUUAUAAACUUCAGCUUCAAGUUCACCCCAGCGGGCGAAGACCUAAGAGUGGCACAAGCUUUGCUGCACCAUGCCUUCCCACCCACCAUAGACCACCUUUUCCUCUCCUGUGGCCAUCCACCACCUCCACCUGGCAUCCCAGACUUUUGCAUGGCUCAGGACUGGGAGAGAGAAAUACAGAGAACCAGAUGUCCUAACUGGAGAGUGUCUAAACACAAUGAGUUUUUCAACCUCUGCUCCUCACUGCCAGCCGUGGUGGUGGUUCCUCGUGACCUGCUGGAUGCUCAGUUAGAACAGGCAGCACAACAUUUCCAAGGCACACGUCCUCCUGUAUGGUGCUGGGGGUCACUAGCUGGGGCAGCAUUAGUCCGCAUGGCACAGAUCUCCCCCAGUAUUACAGACAAGAUGUCGGUGACAAAAUCUAUGGGAACUUUGAAGAGAAGAAAGCUGGAGGAGGUUUCCCAGCAACAGGAGAACCGCAUGAUGGGGCUGGUACACCGAUGUCACCCAAAGAAACUGCAGCCAUUUAUUAUGGACCUUGACCAAAUAUUACCUUCCUUAAAAGACAUUCAGAUCUCAUAUAUGAAACUAAGAGAGCUACACACACCUGAUGAUCCCACACAAUUUUGGGAGCAAGACCGUCACUAUUACAGCCGUUGGGAGUCUUCUAGAUGGUUAUCCCAUGUCAGCAAAUGUCUUGAAGGGGCCAAGAAGGCUGCCAAUGCCAUGCUUCAUCACAAUAGCUCAGUCAUUCUCCAGGAGAGUGAAGGUCGUGACCUGAGUGCUGUCAUAUCUAGCCUGGUGCAGUUAAUACUGGAUCCUCAAGUGCGCACCAUACGAGGGUUUCACUGUCUUAUUCAGAAAGAAUGGGUCGCCUUAGGUCAUCCUUUUUCUACCCGUCUUGGACACACCAGGAAUCAAGUUGAAGAACAGAGCCCGGUGUGGUUGCUGUUCCUAGACUGUGUGUAUCAAGUGAGCGUGCAGCACUAUGCAGCUCUGGAGUUUACAUCUGAGUAUCUGGUGGCUCUCUGGCAUUCGGCUCACUGCUCCCUCCAUUCCAGCUUCAUGUUCAACUCUAUCAAUGCCAAAUAUACUGCCGCUAAUGUAUUACAACGAGAGAACCCACACCAACCCAUAUACCUGAGACCGGUGUGGUCCUGGUGGGGGGAGAACCGGAGUCUCCUGAGGAAUCAACAGAAUGGAGCGACUGAAGAUUAUUCAGAAAAGAGAUCUUCUUCUCGAGAAGCGUUCCUCAAUGUGCAUUACAUUCAAAACUUGCUUGAUUCCUUGUCAGCAAGUGGUGCCCUUAUGAGGAUUAGCGACCCACUCUCCAGCGCUUAUCACACUUGGCAUCGUAUUAAGUACCUGCUUGAGGAUACAGGGUCCUUGCCAUUUGAUCCCAGCCUUUCACUUGUUCCUUUGCAACUGGAUACCAGUUUGAGAAUAGAUGUAUCUUUAAGCAGUCUUAAACCUUGGAAAGAUUGCUUUUGUGCUUGGGUUUCAGAGCCAGCUACUUUGACUCUGAAUGAAUCUGAAUCAUUAUUGAAAUGCACCACCACAAACCCUCAACACUGGAAACAUAUCUACCAAAUAUACCACACCCUCAAGAAUCACCUGUCUGAGAGCUUAACCAAUGGGACAGUUAAUUAGAAACCCAACAGAUGUGUGAAAGUAUUAUGUUGUGACAAAUAAUUUUUCCUGUGAAAGAAUGCUUUAUUUAGUGAUAAUUGGUGUAGUAAGUCAUUGAUUUUAUGUUUACAAAUACUGUAUGCAGUUUGUUUAAUAUUAAUUAAUUCUAAUUUUUAUUUUACUUUUAUAGAGGAAAGCCAAGGUCAUUCUUAGGAAUUGAUAAUUUUGAAAUUCAUAUCUUUGCCUUGGCAAAAAUGAAUGGUGAGUUCUUCCUCCAUGUGGCACGGGGAAUUGUCUUUUAUGUAAAAAUUGUCAAAUAUUUUAUAAACAAUAUAUGCUUCACUGAUGCCUCCAACAUCUCUUGCAGGCAGUUCAUGAGGAAUAUAUUUGUUGUUUGGACUUAUUUAUGGGACUUGAUUUUGGUGUUUGGCAAUAUGAUCUCAUUUUCAAAUGUUUAGAUAUAAGCAUUUUGGGAUUACAUUGUUGUGUAGACAGUAAUUGUAUCCCUGUGAUUGUGUUGUUAUUGUAAUCCAUUUUGUAAUCACAAAUAUGUAGUCAAUUUUAAGUUCCUCUCUUUGUUUGGAAUUAAGUUAAUGUGGGUAUAACUGUGCUGCCUUCUAAUACACACUUGACAAUUGUUUCGCCCAUCUUAUCAAAUGAUUGUAAUCUACUUGGGUUACUUUCUCAUUUGAAUUCCAUUUUUUAUACAGUCAUGAAAUAAUGUCUCUUGACACAUUGUGAAGAGAUUACUUUUUUAUUUUUCAUUCUUGCAAGCCUUUCUGCGCUGUGUUGUUGGGUGGCUUGGAAGCAAGAGCAGAAACAGACUCUCUUUUCACUCUCCUUCAUUCAUUCAAUAACUGCUGUGACAUCCCCAUUAAUCUCUAGACAUUGUAUUCUUGCAUUAAUCGUGAGGUUUGAUGUGUUCUGGAUAUCAGUCUCACUCACUUCAAGUUCAGCCUUCCCUCCCCCUCUUGGUCAUCACCUUUACCUCUGAAUUAUACACUUUUUAUCAGUCUUUCACAUCCCAUUCUCUCAAUAUAUUCACACUACCUUAACAAAAAUCCACUGUGUUCAGCUAUGAUUAUUCUUUCAUAUCCACAUUUCAAUCUUAUUUUUGUAUUUCUUUUCUGCAUCAUCACCUCACACAUGCUCUCAAGUACAUCAUGACAGGGACUUUUGUGAUUUUCAAAGCUUCCUCUUUGGUUUUCAUGUUUUUUGUUUUGUUUUUCUAAGAAUAUUGUUGAAACAGCAAUUAUAAAGAAGUCACAUUUUUUGGCUGAACAUUCAAUGACUCAUUACUGUAUUUAAACUUCCAUGUGUAAGAAAAAAAGGCCCUUGGUAUAAAUGGAGCUAAGAUACACACAUUAGUAUACUGCCACUUCAGGUCAGAGGUACAGUACAUAUAACAUACCGUAGACCACUUCCAUAGUCUUCCCUCUUGUCACAGUAACAUGAUAUUGGUCAGUAAUAAUGAUGUUUGUUUGCAGUUUGUAUGAUAUUUUCUCAGUGUAUUAUUUACUUUUAAUUGGCAGUGAAGUAAAUUAUUUACUCAAUUGGUCAUAAAUGUAAUUUCUUUCUGAUUGUGUUUGUGUUGGGUGAGGCGAGGAUAGGUGUUAAUAACUAGUGUGGAUUUCAUAGAUGAUACAAACUGCCUCUACUAAGUAACUCUUUAUUUUGAAUUUAAGUAAACAAUAAUAUUAUAUUAAUAUAUCAAGUUUGUCCAUUAAUUUUUUUUAUAUAAAUGAACUAUAGCAUGAGUAAUCUAUUAACAUUUUUAAGUAAUAUUGCUAAAAACUUAUGAAUCCCAGAGUAACAAUAGAUUGGUUUUGAAGGUCACCAGAUGUAUUCAUUGUCUUUGAUAUAGAAGGCGAUAAGCUAGUGACAGAAUUACUUGUGUGUUAAUAAGUACAGUGGAUGAAAGGUAAUUGUAAUUGAAAAAACAAUUACUCACAUCUUUUUUUACAAUACUGUACUGUACAAACACCAAACAGCCCUUCCAUACAUUUGCCAAAUAUUCUACUCAAGUGUACAGUACAUGUACAUAUUUUGCAGUAAGUUGUCUGAUAAAAAGAAUUAGUCGUAAUCAUAUUAAGAAAUAUUUUCAAUACAGUAAAUGUUUCGCAUAGAAUAUCUUAAGCUGUAUUAAUACUGCAGUUAGUGAUGGAGGGACAAGUUGGAUUUGAGUGUAAGUGUGUGUACUGCCUUGUGUAGGUGGAUCACUUGCCUCUGUACACUUACUCUCUUAUAGCCGUUGAUGUGCUAGUUCAGCUUCUGCUCGUCGUCAUGGAGUUAGACGAGCAGUUUGAGAUAUCGGCAGUGUUUAUGAACAAGCCAAAGUUCUUAUUGUAUGUGUUGUCUGUAUUCCAAUAAUUGAUUAUUCUUUUAAAGUUGGAUAAUUUAUGUUCUGAAAUGGUGCAUAGUUAUGCUUUGGAUGUUGGUGAAAGAACCCCUAGUGGUACAUAAUUUAUGAGUUGUAGAUAUAGAGGUCAACCAACCAUUAAUUUAUGGCUAUCGUCCCGCUGGAGCUCCCUUUUUUUUUAUGGGUGAAUAUAUAUGAAAUAGAAACAUAAUAUUUAGGCUCAUCUAACAGUGAUACCAUUAAAAUUUCAACAAAUUCAGCUGAUUUUUUUUUUUUAUUAUUAUUAUUAAUACUACGAUUGUUUGUUUACUUUUUCUAAAUAAUCAAAAGAUAGGUUAUCUCUCCAUACGGGCUAGCUGAGCACUAAGACGUCAAUGCAUUCUCAGAAGCUCAUCAGACUGGCUGAUAGGUGUUGCCAGACAAAUCUUUUCUUAGGUUUAAUAAAUAAAAAAUAUAACAAUAAAACUCACUAUGUCAUUUAAGGCGUAGAUUAAUGCAAGGCGAACACACCAAAACCAAGUUUUGAGACAUUAAGGUUUGUGCAUAUUCAAAACAUCAUAGAACCUCCAAAAAUUCAAUAAUUCUGUUCAAUAAUGUCUCAUUAUAAAGGAAAUUUAAUGCAGAAUAUGAUCCUUGUAAUAAAUCAGGUGUGAUGUAUGAUUCUGGUGCACAUUGACAUCAAAUAAUGAAAUUGUGUGAAAUUGACAUCCAUGAAAAUAAUAAAGUUCUGUACACAAAACAAUAAAUUGAUAGUCUAAUGAAGUAAAAAAAAAAAAAUAAAUAAUGGUAACAAUAUCACUUGAUGAUGAUUAUGCUUUGCUAAAGAACUUCGUAGCAGGGGGGAGUAGGGUAGGUAACUGGUAGUCUAUCUGAUCAUCAUCAGAUACAUUUUCCUCCGGGACGCCGAAAAUAGAACGUAGUGGGCUUCUCAUUGGUCGGCACGUUCCUUCCCAACAUGCUGAUUAGCUCAGGGAGUACGGCAGGCUGUGAUUGGUCACCAGGCCACUGGCGAGUUUGACUUUGCUUUACUCUCGCCAGACACUGAAAUUACCACAGGCAGCGCAGAGCUGCUGGAAGUUUUACACCAUAUGAUUCAGUGGGAUUUUGCCAGUAAACCAAAGGCGAACUCUUCAUACCAUCUUGUGUAAUAGUAGAAUGAAACUUUCUGAAAUGUAUGGUACAAAAAUCACAUUUUUGUUCAGGUGGCGAGUUUGCCCUUGCAUUAAUCAACACCUUAUUUGCUUAUAAACUUUUACUGUAUGAAGGCAACAGAAAAUGAGAAUCACCCAAAACUGACUACGGGGGAAGGGAGGUAAAUGAUCUUUUAUGAUUUUUUUUUUUUUUUUUGGGGGGUGUGAUAGAAGAUAUUAUCGUACCGUUUAUACUUGGCAGUGAUGUAGCUAAAGGUUGCCAGAGUUCAGAGGAAAUUUUGUCUUAAGAAAAUACAAUUUUUCAUAAUUUUUGGAUCAUUCACAGUGGGACGAUCCCCUUAAAUCUCCAGUCAAAAGAUUUCUGUGGAAACUAAAAAUACUCUUACUAAAAGCAUACACAGUGAUAUAGUGUCAGGAGUGGUUCUUGUGCAAGUAAGAAUUUCUGUUUUUAUAGUACCUUAGUGAGGUCUACUUAUACUGUGUGUCAUGAUUUGGUUUUGAAUUUUUUCUGCUGGACAUUAAUUCUGCACAGAUUUUUCUUUUUCUUUUUCUUUGUCCCUGUGAAGCAAAAGUGAAAGACUGCUUCACAAGGAUUUCAUUUGGAUAAUAUUUCAAGUGUGGCAUAAUUUUAAUCUACCCAAUGCUUGUUUAGUCUCUCAUCAAAUGCUGUACUGAGCUGUGUGUAGAACAGUGUCUGUACUUGUUUGUAUAAAAUGUGAAUUGAAGUGUAGCUCAUGUUGGGUGUUGAUCACAUACCAGUUAUUGGUACUUGGAGGACAACCAGAGGGCACAAGAAGUCUACUUACCAAAGAGAUUGUUAGAGAGAGGGGUAUUUUAUUUGCACAUAUGCCUGCUGAACACUUGUACCUGGCUACUUAACUGUUGUGUCAUGAAAUGACUUGUGUAAAUUUGACAAGUGACAGGCACUUUGUUUUCUUAAAAUAUUUACACAUCUUGUUAGGUUUAUAUUUUACAUGUUUAUAGAAUCACAUUGGGAAUUUAGCUAUUCUUACAAAGAUCCCUUAUACAGUAGUUGAUAUUACCAGUGUGUAGCUUAUAUUACGCACACCCCCCCUUAUAUUCUUUUGAUUCUUAACAUGGCAAUAGCACAGCUUUGGUCUCCUGUGAGUGAUACAAAUUGUUGUGCAGAAUGCAUAUCAUCCUGCUUGAUAUAAUUCACCCUCAUAGUUUUAGUUAGCCUUGAUACUCAAUGUGGCUGCGUGGGGUUGCUGAUUUUUCUUCCAACUUAUGAUGGCUUAUUAAGGAUGCCUUUUAGUGCUAUUGGGUAGAAAUACAGCAACAUCUGCAACUAGCAUCUAUCACAAAUUAUGUACAAUGGCUCAGCUAGCAUUGAAUACUGUAUUUGGUGCUUUAGUUCCCAUUAGUUGAUGAAGUAGUGCAAACUUCAUGUGAACUUUUUGUAAAUUAAAUUUCAUCAUUAUUAUUUUUUAUUCAUUUAACAAUUGGCCUUUGAUGCUAUAUACUAGUUGCAGCUGUAUACCAAUACUCAAAUGCCAUUGAGGUGGAUAUUCUGUACUUGUGUGUGUGUGUGCAUAAGUAUGUGUGAGUGUGUGUCUGUUCAGCUACUACCAGCUGAAAGAAGUGUAUUAUAUAUAUAAGAUUAUGAUUGGUUUGUUAUUGUUAUUGGCAUAUGAUGGUGCUAAUUGGCCUCAUAUUUGAUCAAUAAAAUACAGUAUGUACAUGGGCUCUGAACUGGAGAUUAUGUCAGUGUUGAAGGAAGUUUGUUUUAUAUAGUGUGUGGUUUUAUUCAAUUGUCUGCAGUUUCUAGUCCAUUUCCAUGAAUUCUGAUUACCUUACAAGAGGACUGAGCAAAUUGGUUUAUGAUCAGUGACCAUUUAUCCCCUCCAUAUACUGUACAGUACUGUGUUCAUUAUGUUACGUAUGGUCUCCAAAGGAAAUACUGUUGAGGCAGAUUAUAUUUUGCUACAGGAAUUUGAGAUUAAUUAUGAAGAUCUUAUAAAUGAAAGUAAUAACAUAGUCUUUCAGGUAUAUAUAAAUGCAGGUCUUGUACCAUGUGUAAGGGAUCUCCCUCCAGCAUAAUAUAUUCAAAUGGUGUACAUAGUAACUUAAGAUGUAUAUUUCUCUGCAGCCCUCCUUCCUCCUCCUCUCUUGUUGGAUUAUUAUUAUUAUUAUUACAAGCUCUUCCAACAAACAACCUCCACUCCCAUGUAUGGUACUUGUUAAAAUGUAUCUAUAUUUUUUGUUCAGUCACAUUUUAAAAACAGUACAGUAUUUUGUUACUCCUCUCACAUGUGCUACAUACUAAAAUAUUCAUAAUUUUAAUAUAAUUAAACAUCUCUUUCAGGAGGAAGUAACAGAUUUGGUAUUCAGUGUACAGAUUGAGAAUUAUAUGAAUUAUCAGAGGAUGGUAUUUUUGAUAAAAUAUGUAUCUAUUACUGUCACAAGAUGGCAAGAUCAGUCACUGCCGUCCAUAUCUCCUCAUGCCAGUUGUUUUGGGAAAAUCUUGUUGAAGGCAUUUUCUUUCUGUAUGUUGCCCAUCCUGUCUGAAAGCAAUGGUAGCAUAAAUUGAUUCAAUAUUAAGGGAUGUGAAGAAAAUAUUUAAUUUUCCUCUUUCACCCCACUGAUAAUUUUGCUGCAUCUAGAAAUGUUCUUGUAACUGAUAUAUUGUAUUGUAAAUACCAUAUUAAAUUGUGAUUUCCUAUAUCCAUAGUAAAUCAGUCUGCAUUUAUUCUUCAUACCCUUCCAGGUCUGGCUCCUAAAUGUUCAGAUAAUGCUCUACUUUAAUUACAUUGCCUUUAGCAAUUUUUCUUUUCCUCUAGAGGUUUUUCAUGUGAUUUCAUCAUUCACUCCACCAUGGUGCCAGUCAGUCAGUUGCUUCUUUACCACUGAAGUCAAAGACACUUCAGUUGCCACAUAACCAUGUCGGCUUGUGUUGCCCCAACCUCUUGUAAAUAUGAAGACCUUUUGUGCCUUUGGGUGUCUCAUUUUAGGGAAUGUAGAAACAACUGCAUCAUAAUAAGUGUGUGGGAAUGGACAGUUAACAGCCAGGUAUACACACGUGUGUAGCCAACAUUCUAUAUACAGUAUGUAUAUUGGAAAUUUCUGGUUAUUAUUAAUAUUUGAAAUUUUGAAUGACCAAGAAAUAGUAGUGCACUUAUUUAUGAAAUAAUUAUUGUAUAAAUGUCAUGAAAUUGGAUGUCAUGAUAGUUUAUCUUCCUGUCACCUUUCCAGAGUUUUGAAGAAAGAUUGCAGGAGACUAUAAAGAUCAUGUACACAGUGACAUUUAGAUUUAAUACACCCAUGUGACACUUAAGGAUUCAUUAAACUGUUCCAUUACUUGAGAUAUGAUAUUGUUAUUAUAGGAAGAAAUUAGCAUUCUCAUAUCUGAUUUGUACAUGAAAUCAUAAGAGUUGCUGACCUACCAUGUAGUGUUAUAGUGAUGCUGUUAUCUUGAUCACAUCAAUGGUAAAACCCUUAUAAAGACCUUCAUUAAUAGAUGAGCCAGGUAGAGUAUUAUAUACAGUAGUUAUUUAAUUCUUAUAAGAAAAGGCUCUUAUUAACUGGAAUGUAAUCGUAUGACUUUUUCAUCAAUCAAUGUAAGUUUGAUUGUCUUUUCCAUUGUUGUCAGGUUUGGUUUAGGAAAUACAUGAACAUUUCCUGUCAGCAUAUUAUAUUUAUUCAUAUUAUAUUUUGUCAUAUUAUUUGUUGUUGGGUUGUAACUGCAACACACUGAUACAUGCCACUUUAUCAUAGUUUGACUGCCACCUUAAAGGCAUUUAUUUUUUACAAAAUGUGUUCCUUGUGUAAUGUACUGUACAUCAUCUGUUGUUCUCUCACUGCAUAAUUAUUUCAUUAUCAUAAAAAAAAUUUCAAGCAUGCUCAUUUAAAAAACCUGUAAUUACCUUAUACUGUAUGGUGUUGAUAUAAACCACUGUCACAGGCUUAACACCCAGUGAUGUGUCUUGAUGGUCACUUACCUGGUUCUUCGCUUGAUUUGCUAUAUGGAUUAUUCCACCUGUCCUUACCCAUCUUUUCUUAAUGUAUAACUACACACCUUGAAGAUUUAUUUCUAUUUAACUUAUGGCAACUCAUUAGAAUUUCAGAUUGUCCAUAUAAAAUUCUAAUGAGUUGCUGUAAGUCAAACAGAAAUGAAUCUUCGAGGUGUGUAGUUUGAAUUAGGUAUUACUUUCUUGUACAGUGCAGCAUCAUCCAUUGUGUUAGUGAAUUUGUUUGUUUCCAUGCAUUAAUUUCAGUUUUCAUUAACAGAUUCUUCAUCAAAUCUAUUGUGAAUGUUAUUCAAAUGAAUAUAGAGAUCAGGUUCACUUUUGAAUACUGUUCUUUACCUUUUAUGGUUCCACAGUCUUGCCCCAUAAAUUUUUACAACCCCUCCUCCAACAUAUUAUAACCACUUACAGUACAAUUUUCUUUUACAUAAUUUAUGCCAGAGGAACAUCAGUAAAGCAGUGUGAUUCUCACUAACAACACCGCAGGUUUUCUUCGAGUGCUGCAGCUUCCUCCUGUACUAACACUGGACAACAAAGGUCAUCACAAAGUAACAAAGAACAGACCAACUACACAAAUGGCUACUCAUAGUAAGUAGGCUGAUGAGUGGUGAAACGGGUGAAAUUAUAAAUUAAAAUACACUGUAGGUACAUUGUAAAUAAUUUGUUUUCUAUGGAACUGAAAUAUCUGAAAACACCACCUCUAAUUAGUUUAAAUAUUGUCCAUGGUAGAUGUGGAAGUACAGUACACAUGUGUAAGAGUAUUUACAGUGUUUAGAUGUACAAUAUAUUAAGGUACCGGUAUGUUAUGUUGACCCAUAACGGUGAGUUGUACUGGGAUUUAACAUUUUAUAUUUUCUAUGGUCUUCAUAUUCAUAUCCUUUUUAAUCUUCCCCUCAUCAUUAAACAUCAGCUGUGUUUUUUGGCAACACACUUCUUUGUAUUUCCGAUAUUGGGGCUUUGUUCAUUUACAUUUCAUGUAAAUACAGUAAACAGCUGCUGUACAGUCAACAACAAAAAUUUCUGUACCUUUACGGUGUUAUACAAUAUGACACACUGGACCAAGAAUUCUGAACAACACUCUUGAGCUAUGUAUUCCUGUUAAUUUCUCUGUACAGUACUUUAUUCGUACGUGAUAUACAGAAUACUGUACAUCGUAUUAGUUACACAAUGCAUCACACAAUCACAAUUACUUAUACCAACCUUACCAAAUCAUGACCUCAGUCAGUGAUUAUUGUGAAGGCCAUCAGACCCAGAGAUGUAGAAUAUUUUUUGUUGAUUGUACAUAGAGCAAAAAUUGCCACUUUGUAGUUUGACGCAAUUUGUUGUUUCAUCAAAAUAAUUAAAUUAUGUCUUGUAAUCAUGCACAACUUAAGCUGAAUUUACAGAAUGACUCAGAUAAUUACAACUAAACUAUUUCCUCUAGUGCAUUUAGAGUUUGGGGUUGGUGAGUAAGUCUUCCUGUAGGUCUGAGACAGCUUGGCUUCUUUAAUUCUGUGUAAAUACUUUUUUUGUAGUAAAGGUAAUAGUAUUGAUGGAGGUGGCUUGUAUCUUUUAAUUGGAAAUUACUAUAUAAAUAUUUAUUAUUUCUAAUCAUCUGAAUCCAUAUAAAUCACCUGUUGUAAUGUGGGUACACUGUAGCUUUUACCAGUUUUGAAGUACAGUACAGGGUAUUGUACAGUAUUAUACAAAUUAUACUUUAUUACAAAUAAUUAUAUAUACAGUACAGUAUACUGUAUAUAUAUGAACGAAUAUAAAUGCUUGUUGCAGUGGUGGCAGUUGUGAAAUUCAUGAGAAUUUCAAACUCCCGGCUUUCUUUCUUUUAUAUCAGUCAAAAUUUCUCUUUACCUGUAUUCUCGAUUUUUUUUUCCUAAUGUCACGUGACUUAUUUCAGCCAUUACCUAUGGUGUAAAUGUCAUUCAUACUAUACUGUACUCUGAUAUUGAUUCCAUUAACUACAGAAAACGGCCGAGUGGUUAUAUACGGUACGAGUCACUGCAUAAGACUGUCAGUAGCAGAGAAGGGAAGAGAAGAUAGUUAUGUAUCUUAUAUCGUUUUUUGAUCUACCAUGACUUAAAGGUUUUCCUCAUAUUAACACUUUAUAUCUUAUGAUUUUCUUGCUCUUCCAUCAGAUAUACAAAUACUGUAUACUGUACAUCUUUUUCUUCUUAUAUUUUAUUUUAUUUUAGUUCCUGCUCUGGUGUAUUAUUAUUACAUUCCCCGGCGGCAGCCAUUUUGUAGAGCCAAAGGGGAUCCAAACGUUGCCUGUGGUGUGGUAACGUCACUCACAUAAAGGUUGUAUUUUACUGACUAAAGUAUACUUCUAGCAUGUUUAAUGCACUAUACUAUAGUGUAAACUGGCAGUUGUGGUCAAGUAAUUGCUACUUGCAGUAGCUGCUUUGGUGUGUUGAUUGGUUUUAUAAUAAACCUGAGAGCAUAAGAAAUAAAAUGGUUUAAUAUUUA